GGGCGGCCCGCGGAAGGAGCGCGCGGCUUUCGCCUUCCAUAACGCCGCAGCUGCUGCGGGGUCGUCUGUUGGAGAGAGAAGGGGGCCGUCGGUUGGGAGGAAGGCACGGGGCCGGUGCGGCAGGUGGGAGGGAGCGGGGGGGGCUGGGGGUCCUUUUCCCGUCGGAAUUUGGGGAGCGUGGGGGCCACGCGCAUCACCCAGAUCUGAGUGGAUCGCGGAGAGCGGAGUGGUUCGGGGGUGGCCGUGACACCCCGGGUCUGUGCGAACUCGGGGGAGGGUCGGUGAGGAGGGGGGAGCGCUCCGGCUGUAACCGCCGCCCGCCACUUGUUGCUGCCCUUGGGGAACGGGGGAGCGCGGGGGGGGCUGCGCGGCGUUCCCGCGUGGCAGAGCAGCGUGGGGGGGGUGGGGGGGGAAGGCGGGCACAGCGCGUGGAUGCGGCCGGAGGGAAGGGCAGAGCAGCGCGGGCUGCGGGGUUGGGGGGGAGCGCCUUGCGGCAGUCCGGGAGCAGCGCCGGGAGGUACCGCAGGGGCGGCUCCCCCUCAGCCCGGGGCAGGAGCCGCUCCCCGCCUGCGGCAGCGCCGGGUGGGGCGGGGGCCGCGGGCACGGCCCGGACCGCGGGGCCGCAUGGCCCCCCUCUUCCUGGUCGUUCUGGAUGCGGGCGGGGAGGGAGCGGGGGGAGGGACAAUGGGUUAUUGUCCUCUUAUCUCCGGAGACCUGAGGGCGGGGGGGGGUGCUCGGCUUGCAGACCUGUUUGCGCCUCGGGGCGGGGCGGGGGCACCUCUCUGCAUUCCCGCCCCCAAACGGGCGCAGCGCUCCCGGUAACCGCUUGUGUUGGCUGCGCGGCUACAGCCGCCGCGCUCGAUGUGAGCGCCGAAACGCACCUGAAUCGUUAAACAGCGAACGGGAGGGGCUGACGCCGCCGCCUCCCCCCGCUCCCAGCCCAGCGCGAUCCUGUGGUGGCCGUCCCCGAGCGCUGCCCCGCGGGUUGCAGCCUCCCACGAGCCGCCCGCCGCUGUGCGGGGCUCUGUGCUCCGCAGCGCUCUGCGCUGAGCAUCGCCGUAUCCGCUCGUGCGGCGCUCCGGCCGCGGGUUGAGCGGCUGCGGGGAGGGACCGCUGCGCUCUGCCAUUGUUGUGCGGCAGAAAGCAGUGGGGUGGAGCCGUGUGUGAGGAAUUCCCCCUUCCCCGGGGCCUUCCCUGGCUGCUGCCGUGCCCUGGGAGCUGCGCGCACCCUCUCAGCCUCCCUUAGUUCUCUCCAUUCUCCCUGAUCGUCUCCCUCUCUCUCUCUCUCUCUUUCUUUUUUUUUUUUAAUUUGUGCGUAUAUAAAUAUAUCCUUGUGUUUGUACAUACAUGUAAUGUAUUUCUCCUUGCUAUGCUGUGAGCUCAGUUUGCUCGCAGCAUUUCCACCGCCUGUUGCUGCAGUGCCGUGAGCAGCCCGCAGGGAUUUGCUGCCCUGCGCUGCAGGCACCGCUGCUGCUGGCUGCUCCCCUUCUGCAGCUCUACUCUGGGGUUCCCCCCCAGCCUGGAUCCCUCCCUGCUGUGUUCUGCAAGUCCCUGCUGCUUCCUGAGCCCUGUGGAAGCUGCGCUGCUCAGUACAGCCGGAAUGAUGGAUGCAGGUCCGUAGGGGUGGCUGCUGCAGUGCAAGGAAGUGAUGCUGCCUCCCAAAUUCCUCUGCCUUGUUGGAGGCUUCUGGAAUUGGAUCCCAGGGCUGCAGCAUAAGAACGGGAUGCUGCUGCCUGAUGGCUGGUUGAGAUGGACGGAGACAGUGGUGUUGCUUCUAUUGUACAGCUCCAGUUGCUGUGGUAUCCAGGGAGCCCUCCUCCUCCAGCAGGAGAUGCAUGCCGGCUGUUGCUAAGGUUGCCUCCGCGGUAACAUGCACAUCCUGUUUACACCUUCAUCCGGAGGACUCGGGCUUGGCUAGAGGUACUGCUGCACCCAGCCCACCCCAAGGGACGGGGACAUCGUUGGGGCUGCCCCCAACUCCCCUCGAAAGCGAACCUUCGUGGCCGUGUCCUCGGCAAGAUGACGAACAACGUGGCCGACCACCACCCCGGGAACUCGGUUGCUGAAGGCAACCAUGAGGGGGACUUUGGUUGCUCCAUGGUGGAGCUCAGGAAUCUCAUGGAGCUGCGGAGUGCUGAGGCGGUCGCCCGGAUCAGCGACUCCUAUGGCGGCGUGCAGACUGUCUGCAAGAGGCUGAAGACAUCGCCGGUUGAAGGUCUGUCUGGGAACCCAACUGACCUGGAGAAGAGGAGGCAGGUGUUUGGCCAGAACUUCAUUCCUCCCAAGAAAGCCAAGACGUUCCUGCAGUUAGUGUGGGAGGCACUCCAGGACGUCACCCUGAUCAUCUUGGAAAUAGCAGCCAUAAUCUCCCUGGGGCUGUCGUUCUACCAUCCUCCAGGUGGCGACAAUGAAUUGUGUGGGCAGUCGUCGGGUGGCGUGGAGGAUGAGGGCGAGGCGCAGGCCGGCUGGAUCGAGGGGGCAGCCAUCCUGUUUUCAGUCAUCAUCGUGGUGCUGGUGACCGCCUUCAAUGACUGGAGCAAAGAGAAGCAAUUCCGUGGCCUCCAGAGCCGCAUUGAGCAAGAACAGAAGUUCACAGUGAUCCGCAAAGGGCAGGUGAUCCAGAUCCCUGUGGCAGAGAUUGUGGUGGGAGACAUCGCGCAGAUCAAGUACGGUGACCUCUUGCCAGCGGAUGGCAUCCUGAUCCAAGGGAACGACCUGAAAAUAGAUGAGAGCUCGCUGACUGGAGAAUCUGACCAAGUCAAAAAAUCACUUGAUAAAGACCCCAUGCUGCUGUCAGGUACCCAUGUGAUGGAGGGCUCCGGGCGGAUGGUGGUGACUGCAGUGGGAAUCAACUCCCAGACAGGAAUCAUCUUCACUCUGUUGGGUGCGGGAGAAGGAGAUGAGGAAAAGAAGGUGAAGAAAGGUAAAAAAACUGGAGCCCCUGAAAAUCGCAACAAAGCUAAAACUCAGGAUGGUGUGGCCUUAGAGAUCCAACCCCUGAAGAGCCAGGAAGGGGUGGAAAAUGAGGAGAAGGAGAAGAAGAAGGUGAAGGUGCCCAAGAAGGAGAAGUCUGUGCUCCAAGGGAAGCUGACACGCCUGGCGGUCCAGAUUGGGAAGGCAGGGCUGAUCAUGUCGGCCAUCACAGUGAUCAUCUUGGUGCUGUACUUUGUCAUCGACACCUUUGGGGUGCAGCGUCGGCCCUGGCUGGCAGAGUGCACCCCUAUCUACAUCCAGUACUUUGUCAAAUUCUUCAUCAUCGGUGUCACCGUGCUGGUAGUGGCUGUGCCUGAGGGACUCCCACUGGCAGUCACCAUCUCCCUAGCCUACUCAGUGAAGAAAAUGAUGAAGGACAACAACCUUGUGAGGCACUUGGAUGCUUGUGAGACCAUGGGUAAUGCCACCGCCAUCUGCUCAGACAAGACUGGCACACUCACCAUGAACCGAAUGACUGUGGUGCAGGCUUAUGUGGGGGACACUCACUACCGCCAGAUCCCUGACCCUGAAGCCAUCCUGCCCAAGGUCCUGGACCUCAUUGUGAAUGGUGUUGCCAUCAAUUCUGCCUACACAUCCAAGAUCCUGCCACCAGAGAAGGAAGGGGGGCUACCCCGGCAAGUGGGGAACAAGACAGAAUGUGCCUUGCUGGGCUUCGUGCUGGACCUGAAGCAGGAUUAUCAGGCCGUGCGGAAUGAGGUGCCGGAGGAGAAGCUCUACAAGGUCUACACCUUCAACUCGGUGCGCAAGUCCAUGAGCACGGUGCUCAAGAACAGCGACAACAGCUUCCGCAUGUACAGCAAGGGAGCCUCUGAGAUCAUCCUCCGCAAGUGCACCAAGAUCCUGGACAAGAAUGGUGACCCCCGGAUGUUCAAAGUGAAGGAUCGGGAUGAGAUGGUGAAGAAGGUGAUUGAGCCCAUGGCAUGCCACGGGCUGCGGACCAUCUGCCUGGCCUUCCGUGACUUUCCUGCUGACGCUGAGCCCGACUGGGACAGUGAGAAUGAGAUCCUGUCUGACCUGACCUGCAUUGCUGUGGUGGGAAUAGAGGACCCUGUGCGGCCAGAGGUGCCAGAUGCCAUCCUGAAGUGCCAGCGUGCAGGCAUCACUGUCCGCAUGGUGACUGGGGAUAACAUCAACACUGCCCGUGCCAUUGCCACCAAGUGUGGCAUCCUGCUGCCUGGAGAGGACUUCCUGUGCCUGGAGGGGAAGGAGUUCAACCGGCUCAUCCGCAACGAGAAGGGCGAGGUGGAACAGGAGCAGCUGGACAAGAUCUGGCCCAAGCUGCGCGUGCUGGCCCGCUCGUCCCCAACAGAUAAACACACACUUGUCAAAGGAAUUAUUGACAGCACUGUUGGUGACCAGCGGCAGGUGGUGGCUGUCACCGGGGAUGGGACCAAUGAUGGCCCUGCUCUGAAGAAAGCUGAUGUUGGAUUUGCUAUGGGCAUUGCAGGCACUGAUGUUGCAAAGGAGGCUUCAGACAUCAUCCUGACGGAUGACAACUUCACCAGCAUUGUCAAGGCAGUGAUGUGGGGUCGCAACGUCUAUGACAGCAUCUCCAAGUUCCUGCAGUUCCAGCUGACUGUUAACGUGGUGGCUGUCAUUGUGGCUUUCACGGGCGCCUGCAUCACGCAGGAUUCUCCCCUGAAAGCUGUGCAGAUGCUGUGGGUGAACCUGAUCAUGGACACCUUUGCCUCCUUAGCCCUGGCCACGGAGCCCCCGUCUGAGUCCCUGCUGCUCCGCAAGCCGUAUGGCCGCAACAAGCCACUCAUCUCCCGCACCAUGAUGAAGAACAUCCUGGGACACGCUGUGUACCAGCUGACUAUCAUUUUCACGCUGCUUUUUGUGGGGGAGAAGCUGUUUGACAUUGACAGUGGCCGGAAUGCCCCAUUGCAUUCCCCACCCACCGAGCACUACACCAUCGUCUUCAACACAUUCGUCAUGAUGCAAUUAUUCAAUGAGAUCAAUGCACGCAAGAUCCAUGGGGAGAGGAAUGUGUUUGAGGCCAUCUACCGCAACCCCAUCUUCUGCACAGUGGUGCUGGGGACGUUUGCAGCCCAGAUCAUCAUUGUGGAGUUUGGUGGGAAGCCAUUCAGCUGCUCUGGGCUCACCCUGAGCCAGUGGUUCUGGUGUAUAUUUAUUGGAGUGGGAGAGCUCCUCUGGGGCCAGCUGAUCUGCACAGUCCCCACCAGCCACCUGAAGUUCCUGAAGGAAGCUGGGCAUGGCAUCACCAAGGAGGAGAUCCCAGAGGAAGAGCUGCCAGAGGAUGUGGAUGAGAUAGACCAUGCUGAGAUGGAGCUGCGGCGUGGGCAGAUCUUGUGGUUCAGGGGUCUCAACAGGAUACAAACACAGAUGGACGUAGUUUACACAUUCCAGACCGGCGCCUCCUCUUUGCAGGGAGCCCUCAGGAGACAGCCUUCCAUCGUGAGCCAGCACCACGAUAUCAAGGUGGUGAAUGCGUUCCGUAGCUCCUUGUACGAAGGCCUCGAGAAACCUGAGUCCAGAAGCUCCAUCCAUAACUUCAUGACUCACCCAGAGUUCAUCCUGGAGGAAGAUGAGCCUCGAACACCAUUCCUUGACAGUGCUGAAGAUGACCCCAAGACCGACGGACUCAAAAAGCGAGGUGGGGGCAGCCUGGGUGGAUCUUCAUCCCUCAACAGAAAUAACAACGCAGUGGACAGUGAUCAAACCGAGGUCAACUUUGCGGAGCCUGAAAGCCUCUUUCACAGCUUGGAGACAUCGGUUUGACCUUAGAACUUCGACCCCCCCCCCCCCUCCUCACCCCCACUGCCCUCCUUCUCCUCCACCUUUGCCCCACGUCCAGUGUGAUGUUGACAUCAAUAACUGGUCACACGCUGCAGUCACUUCGUGUCAAACUGCUCAUAAGUAUAUCAUUUGGGGUUGUUUUGUUUUGUUUUUUACUAUGAUUUAGCUGUGGGAACCAGAGUACCAUGAUGCUUAGUAUUAGAAGAGGAGGCAUUGUGCAUCUUCACCCCUAAUUUUCAGUGGUACUCGCCCAAGUGAAACAGCCAGGUUAUUUCCUCUCUGAGAGUUGGGCUCCAUGUGUCUGCAGGGGGUUUUCACAUUGAAAAAUGCAUGUUCCAAGGAAGCUCGAAUUGUUGUAGUCUUACAUGCACGGCCCCUGCCUGAGGGCUGAGGUGCACUUGUGACUUUCUUUUCCACUUGUGGUUUUUAAGGUUUUCUUCCAAUGUCAGGGGUUUGUUCUUUGCUUGUGGGAUUUGUCCCCCAGUUGCUUCACAGUGGGAAGUUGGGGGAGUUAGCACUGUAGUGCAAAAAGCUUAAAAAAACAAACAAACAUAAAAUAACAAAAAAAAAAAAAAAGAAACAUGGGGGAAAAAAAAACAGUCAGGAGGAAGGUGUUUACUCACAGGUUGCUCAGACAGGGAUGUACACCAGUCUUCCACCUUGACAAAUGGUACCCAGCCUUUACAGCUCCUCCUCUUGUGUGCAUGCAUUGCUGUGUUUCCAAAGCAGUCUCUGGUAGACAAGGAAUGAAGGUGACUUGGCAUGGAUGUGAGGGCUUGAUUUUUAUUUUUUCCUUUUUUUUUUUGUUUUGUUUUGUUUUUCUCCCCACCAUGAAGUAAGGUGGAGGUGAAUGGCAGUUCAAGUGUGGUGAAGAAAAAACAGAUGGCAGUGAGAAACGGGGUGCUUUCUUUUGGAGGAGCUGAAGGAAUGCAUCUCUUUUGCUCAUGAACACCUGUGCAAUAUUUUGGUGAGAGCUAUGGGAAGCUGUAGCAGCUCCCAUUGUCAGAAGCAGAGGGACUUCUGCAUGUUUUGUAUUGUCUGUACUCCUCCUGGGCUGAGUAAUCCUCAGCCUUUUAGUGAAAGCUGUGUUAGGUGCUGAGGAACCCAGAGGAUGCUCCAGCUGUACUCACCACCUCUGCGUGUCACUUCAAAGUGUGAAUGGAGAAUAAAUGUGGUUGGUGUAGCUGGGGCAGCUCUCAGAUCAUAAGAAGGACAAGUUGGGUUUUGCCCUAGAAGGGAAGGGAUCUCUGUGGCCAUGGGGAGGCCCACUGGUUUCCACAGCACUCCUGCAGCUGACGUUGGUGCUGGGUCGGUUGGUCAACUGCAGCUCUUCCAACAGAAGUGCUGUGGGCCUUGCUUGCUGGAGGUCAUCUCCUCACCCCGCGUCCUGUCUCCCCUUGGUCUAUAGUAACUAUUCCUCUGCAGGGUGAGAGCCUUGGGUUGUGGAGCACGUGUCCCAUGUGUCCUGGCUCUAGCUAUCUUGUCCAAGCCAAGAGUGGGCCAGAGCAGUAGGCAGGAUUUUGCUUUGCUUGGGCUUAGUUUCUUUCCCUGUGAGUGCACCCUUGGUUGUUGUCCCUCAGUGCGUAGGGCUGAAAAGAGCUCUGCUGCCUUCUGUCCCUUGUCCCAAUUGGUUUGGUUGGAAGCAGAGAGAACAUGGCAGUAACUAGCUGUACUGUCUGCCCGGCCUCUGUCCCUGUAGGUGUCUGUGAGGGCGUGGGCUGGCUGAUUUAGUUGGCUGGUUUCUUCUUUUCUUUCCUUUAAGAACGCACAGCAGAAUCUCCCGUGCCUUCUCUGAGCACUGCCUGCAGCACCGCCUGCCACGCGAGGGCCCACUACUUUGCCAAGAAAUAAGUGUUCCUUAAUGACAACAGCAAAAACCAAGUGUCUUUGUUUUGUUUCCAGCCCAGCACUGACCCAUCCCUUCCUUGGGGUGGAAGGAGGGAAGGACCCAGGCGCCGAGGUCAGGCCCUGCUGCCCUGCCUGGCGCUGCCAAGGGGGGGAUGAAGGCUGGGCUCAGUACACUGCCAGAAGCGAGGAGAAAUUUCCACCACUGCCCAUCUCAAUUGCAGAUUCAGUGUUGAGACACCAGCCCUGCCCACGCAGACAAACCCGUUGCUGUCCUCCCCUUCCUCUGCAUGUGAGAUGAAUGAACACCGUGGGCAGGAUGGGGCGCAGCGUGCCUGGCUGUACGGCGGUGGUGGGGAAGGGGUGUUCAUGGGGUUUGGUUCCAUACUGAAGGUGACAUUGCUUGAAAGAUCACUUUUUUUCUAUUUUAAAUACUUGCAAAAAAAAAAAAAGAGGCUUACAUAAAUAUUUAUUGUAUGUGCUGGGGGGGGGAAGGUACUAUUUCUUUUUCAUUUUUUUUUUCUUUCUUUUUUUUUUUUUAUUACCUCAGACCUACUUUAAAAACAAAUGGGAAAACCAAAAAAAGACUUAAACCAAUGGAAAACAACACAAAGCCAACUCUGGAGGUGCUUAAUUCCCUCCCAGAGGCCUGUGACCAGCAGGUUGCCAUAGGGGUCUGGUUGUUCAUUAGUUGAUACUUUCUUGUUGUUCUAGUUUCCAUAUUAGGAGGGGGUGGGGUGGGGAAAUGAUUAUCUAUAAAUAUUAUGCAAAAAAAAAAGUCUAGUUUUCUUUAGAUCAGAAACUGAUAUUUUUACGUCAGCCAUAUGUAUUUUGUUUAAAGUAAAGAAAUAAAAAUAAAAAUCUUAGGGUCCUGCAUCUGCAGCGGCUCCUGACUGCACAAUGGCAAUUCCCAGUGACGGCGUAUUGCCAUCAAUGCCAGUCAGCCUCCUUUUCUCUGAGCAGCCAUCUUUAUACUAGAUGUUAGUUGGAUGACAAUUUUUUUUUAAUAUAUAUAUAUAUAUAUAUAUAUAAAUUAUGUUGGUAAGGCUGGUUGCUUAAGGUAAAGCAUUUGUGCAUACAUCUUUCAUGUAAAGUAUUUUUUCCUACUUAGUUUCAGUGAUAUCCUGGCAGCAGAUGACUUUGGGUUAAGUUAUUGAGGACAUUAUAAAAACAAAACAAAAAAACUCAAACAUUUGGGGAGAUGGGCGCUCUGCUGGAGAGGCAUGGGCAGCAGCAUGGACUGUGGGGACUCUGCAACAUGCCUUGGAAGAGGGGGAGAUUUUCUUUUUUGCUUUCUUUGAACUGUGAUGAGUGCCAUUGCUGGACAGGAACUGAAGUCGUACCGUGAUGUGUGUUAACUUGCCUUGGAAUGCUUCGUUAUUAAAACACUCUGAACAUAA